AUGAGCUAUGAGCCCGUUGCGAUAAAUAUGACAACAGCUAGGUAUGAGAAACUGGCAAGGUUGCUUGAGAACUUCGUCGAAGGAGAAGCCCAUGACUGCAAGAUAUUCUACCAGACCCUGCUGCAAGCCACUCGAUACCUGCACGACAAGCACAUUCGACAAAUGAUUAGAGAUGCCGAGGAGGUCCACCACAGUUACCACGAGAAGCUGGAACUCCUGAGAGAGCGGAUCGAGCAGGUUGAAAGCGCCAAGCACAGCCUCGAGGAGUUCAUCACAGACGUACAGAUUUCCAAGUAUCAGGAUUCUUGUGAACAUAUAGCUGGCCUACAACAAAAGCUCAAGCACGCUUGGGCCCAAAUCGAACUGCACCAGCGACAGGUCAAAAUCUUGAAGGAAGAGCUACAUUUGGAGAAGCCUAGAGCUAAUCACUCUUUGGAGGAGAACAAGUUGCUGAAACAGGAUCUGAACCCCUACAAGCAAAAGUGCGAGACGCGAGAUACCUCGUACAAGAUUGAAACGAGGAGAGCCGAUAGGUUCUGGGACGAAUGCAUGCGUACAAGAAACCAGUCAGCAAGGCCUCGUUAUAUGGAGCGACAGCAAAGUGCACAAAAAGUAGAGUGUGCACAGGAGAGGAUCACGCGGCUCAGCAAUUGA